GUCAUUCAAUCUUUUGAAAAUACCGAUCACCCGCCGGGAAGGAGGCAUCUUCAAAUUAAAAGCCAAUGACUGCCGCAGCCAAGUGAGUUCAUGCGGUGAAUUCAUUGCUCAUUCAAAUCACAGCCUUCAAAGACCUCACAGCCUCUCGUCAUCUCUUCAUCCAUCUACAAUCAAUCAUAUAUUCAAAUUUGUGGGAUACGUUCUUGUUCUUCUGAUCUCCUCGUUCUUCUUCCUCGGCAUUUUAUCACCUCCUCAACUACCCGAAAUCUGCCUUCAUCUUCGGGUGCUUGAGCAUUCUCAUUGCCGGCUUUGCAUUACUUGCCCACAACGGCUGGAGUUUCAACAACAUGUCCGUUAUUAACCCCAAGAAUCCGAUGGAUCCUAGCUCAUUGGCUCGUCCAGAUCAAGUCGUGGUCAAAGAUGUAUUCCUACAACUGGAGGCCGAUUUUAAAGGUCAGGUUCUAAAGGGCUCGGCUACUUUGACGUUGGAAAAAGUGGAUUCGAAGGCCACCCAAGUGGUCCUGGACUCGAGUGAUUUGAGCAUAGGCCAAGUGACCUCCGGGGAUGAGGAGCUGAAGUUUACGGUGGGCGAGAAGCAAGGAUUUUUGGGAUCAGCGGUCGUCAUCGAAUUGCCCAAAUCCACCAAUCCGGUGUUGAAAGUGGUAGUCCAGUAUGUCACCUCGCCCAGUGCUAGUGCCUUGCAAUGGCUUCCGCCCGCCCAAACGGCAGGCAAGGUCCACCCUUAUAUGUUCUCCCAAUGCCAAGCUAUUCAUUGUCGAUCCAUGGUGCCAUUACAAGACACGCCCGCCAUCAAAAUGCCCUAUUCGGCCGAGAUCAUUGCCCCCGCCGAACUGACCGUGUUGAUGAGCGCCGUGCCGCAAGGCGAACCCGAGCUUUUGGCUAAUGGUGACAAGAAGAAGUACAAGUUUGUCCAAAAGAUUCCCAUUCAGUCGUAUUUGAUAGCCAUUGCCAUCGGGAAAUUGGAAUCCCGCCGAAUUGGCCCGCGUUCUCACGUCUGGAGCGAGAAGGAGUUCGUUGAGCAAGCGGCCUUCGAAUUCUCGCAAACCGAGGAAAUGCUCCAAACGGCCGAGGACUUGAACGGGCCGUACGUUUGGGGCAUCUACGACAUUCUGGUGCUCCCGCCCAGUUUUCCCUACGGUGGCAUGGAAAACCCAUGCCUGACCUUUGCCACGCCCACGCUCUUGGCCGGUGACAAGAGUCUGGCGAAUGUGAUUGCCCAUGAGAUUGCGCACUCUUGGACGGGAAAUCUCGUGACCAACAAGAAUUUCGAGCAUUUCUGGCUCAACGAGGGAUUCACCGUGUUUGCCGAAAGAAAGAUCUUGGGUCGGAUGUCGGGGGAGCCCAUGCGGCAUUUUGAUGCCUUAGGAGGAUGGAAAGAGCUGCAAUAUACGAUCGAUGUCAUGGGUCAGGACAACCCUUUGACCAAUCUGGUGGUGGACCUUUCCACAGUGGAUCCGGAUGACGCUUUUUCCAAGGUCCCCUAUGAGAAAGGCUCCACCUUCUUGUGGUACUUGGAGGACCUCGUGGGCGGAGCCCUGAAGUUCGAGCCCUUCCUCAAGAGCUAUUAUGAGCACUUCAAGUUCCAGGCCAUCGAUUCCAAUCAGUUCCGAACGUACUUCUUGGACUACUUCAAGGACGAGAACGAGAAAACGAAUCAAAUCCAAUGGGACGCCUGGUUCAAUACACCGGGUAUGCCCAUCUAUAGACCGUCAUUUGACGAGUCCUUGGCCAAGGUUUGUCAGGAGUUGAAAGACAAAUGGAUUCAAUGGAACGAGUCAACACCGAGUCCGUUCAAGGCUGACGAUUUGAAAUCAUUCUUGGCCGCACAAAAGGAGGAAUUCUUGGCCUUGCUGAUGCUCGAGGAUCCCCUAAGCGUGAAGAAAUUGGAAACCAUGGAGGCCGCCUACCACCUAAAUGACGUGAAUAAUUGCGAGAUCCGGUAUUUAUGGAUCCGUCUAGGUUUGAAAGGGAAAUGGACCAAUGCCAUUCCAAGAGCCGUUCAAAUGGUCACGGAGCAAGGCCGUAUGAAGUACCUGCGACCCUUGUACAGAGACCUGUAUGCGUGGGAGGAGACUCGGACCACAGCCCUCAAGACCUUUGAGGCCAACAAGCCCAACAUGAUGAAAGUGGCCAUCCAAGGCCUGGAGCACGACCUGAAGCUGGCCAAAUGAUUUUAAAGCAAGAAAACGAAACCUCAAAGCGAUUCCAUGUUUAACAAGGACUGUAUUGGAUGAGUAAAGAGACGUUUAUUUGCUUUUGA